UUCCAGGUGGAGGCCGGAGCCCCGGUUUCGGCCGCCACGCCGCGCCCGUCCGUGGUUUGCUGCCCACGAAGGUGGACGACGCGCGGGGGAGGUGGCGAAACCGCACCCUCCGUCCCCUCCUCCUUCCCCUCCCCCACGCUUGCCGCCGGGCCGGAGCUAUAUAUAGGCGGGGCAAUCCCUCUCCGGCUCCUCACGGAUUCGAUUCGCUUCGGCUUCGAUUGGGCUUUUGUGUCCUGAUUUGAUCGGUGCCGCGCUUGGAGCUGCUUGGUUUGGUAUUCCGCUCGGGGAUUUCUGGGGAACGAGACAAUGGAGACCGCCGGGAAGGUGAUCAAGUGCAAAGCCGCGGUGGCAUGGGAGGCCGGGAAGCCGCUGUCGAUCGAGGAGGUGGAGGUAGCGCCGCCGCAGGCCAUGGAGGUGCGCGUCAAGAUCCUCUACACCUCGCUCUGCCACACAGACGUCUACUUCUGGGAGGCCAAGGGGCAGACUCCCGUGUUCCCUCGGAUCUUCGGUCAUGAGGCUGGAGGUAUCAUAGAGAGUGUUGGAGAGGGUGUGACUGACGUGGCCCCUGGUGACCAUGUCCUUCCUGUGUUCACUGGGGAGUGCAAGGAGUGUCCCCACUGCAAGUCGGCAGAGAGCAACAUGUGUGAUCUGCUCAGGAUCAACACUGACAGGGGUGUGAUGAUUGGUGAUGGCAAGUCGCGGUUUUCAAUCAAUGGGAAGCCUAUCUACCACUUUGUUGGGACUUCCACCUUCAGCGAGUACACUGUCAUGCAUGUUGGUUGUGUUGCAAAGAUCAACCCUGAGGCUCCCCUUGAUAAAGUUUGUAUUCUUAGCUGCGGUAUUUCUACUGGUCUUGGUGCAACAAUUAAUGUUGCAAAACCGCCAAAGGGCUCAACAGUUGCUAUUUUCGGUCUAGGAGCUGUUGGUCUUGCUGCUGCAGAAGGUGCAAGGAUUGCUGGAGCGUCGAGGAUCAUUGGUGUUGAUCUGAACCCCAGCAGAUUCGAAGAAGGUCAGAAUCCCUUUGAUCAGAGUAUGUCAUUUUAUUUUCUUGUUUUGGUACGCCGAAUGACUCAUCUCUGUCUCCAUUUUUCAGCUAGGAAGUUUGGUUGCACUGAAUUUGUGAACCCAAAAGACCACAACAAGCCAGUGCAGCAGGUACUUGCUGAGAUGACCAAUGGAGGUGUUGACCGCAGCGUGGAAUGCACUGGCAACAUCAACGCUAUGAUCCAAGCUUUUGAGUGUGUUCAUGAUGGUUGGGGAGUGGCUGUGCUGGUCGGUGUGCCACACAAGGAUGCUGAAUUCAAGACUCACCCAAUGAACUUCCUAAACGAGAGGACCCUGAAGGGAACCUUCUUCGGCAACUACAAGCCACGCACUGACCUGCCCAAUGUGGUUGAGCUGUACAUGAAGAAGGAGCUGGAGGUGGAGAAAUUCAUCACGCACAGCGUCCCGUUCGCGGAGAUCAACAAGGCCUUUGACCUGAUGGCUAAGGGGGAGGGCAUCCGCUGCAUCAUCCGCAUGGAGAACUAGAUUCUGUCGGCCUGGUGGGUGGGUUUGUCUGAAUCGGGAUGUGUUAAUAAAGGUAGCAGUGCUUGGUGAGCCUGCCCUGUCGAUGGGGGAGGCAGGAUGCACGGUGGUCGCGAGCCAUGCUUCUGUGUCACGUCCAGUUUGGCCCUGUCAAUCAGUAGGGUGUAGCUUCCAGCGUCUGUAAUUAUCUAUCCGCAUGAGUCUUUCCAACUGUCUUCGGCUUAAUAUAUGGUAUGGUAUCACUAUGAGUUUCAGUGGAC